GUUACAUGAAAUUGGUAAAGUUGACGGAUGCAGUGUUGGUUCUGAUCAUUUAUGUAAAUGGUUUUUAUACCUAAUGUAUUGAUAUGUUAAAGAAAAAAAAAGGACGGACCUUUAAAUCAUAAAAGAAACAAGUGUGUAAAUUAUCCAAAAUAAAAGACGCUUGUAACUAAAUAUAAACAGUUGCAUAUAAUUACCUGUUGAAGUUUGUAUCCAAUAUUAAUGAAAAAUAUGUUGAAACAAAGUAACUUUUUUACGCACAACAUUGGUAUAGCAUGGAAGACGUUUGUUCGAGAAUCUUGCGAUGUUUCUCCGAUACCCUCGGAAAAGAAGGAACAUCGUUUAAAUUUUCAAGACAACCAAGCAAAAGAAGCUUACGAGGAAAUUAUACAUGAAAAGAACGAUGUAAACAUAAAGUUACAGCAUAAGCACUGUAAACAGAAAUCGUUUGUUACUCAAAAUGCAACUGACAAGCCAGUUUCAAUGAAUGGCAGCAAUGAAAAAGUUAAAUAUAAUUCAAGAACUGAUGAAAAGGUGACAAUUAAUACUAUAUUGAAAGCAGUAGAACAAAAGGAUUUUGAAUUUUUAUCGAAGCACAUGACACAUGACAAUGUUAAUCUGAUGGAUGAUUUUGGCUGGACACCUCUUAUGUCGGCUGCAUAUUGUGGCCACUUAGAUAUUGUAGAAUUUUUAUUAAACCUUGGUGCUAACAGGAAAGCGAAAGAGAAAUCUGGCCUUACUGCAGCACAAUUGGCAUUGAAAAAAAAUUAUUUAAACAUAGUUGCCUUACUCAAAAAGAGAACACAAUCUAUAACUAAUAAAACAUUAGCAGAAACAGAUGCAUAUACAUCAGAAAUAAAUACUGAUGCUGCAGCAGAUAAAAAGUCAGAUGAUAAUAAUGAAAUCAUAUAUCACAAUAUUGAUAAUGAAAAGAAUUGCCCAAGCGAAAGUACAGGGUUUUAUUGUGAUAUUUGUGAAGUUCACUUUUAUGACACAACUUGGAAGAAACAUCAAACAUCUACAUUACAUAUUUUUAACUCCAAGCCAAAACUACCAAGUACAAUGUAUGGAAUAUCAAAACAAAAUAAGGGCUAUCAAAUGCUGUUAAAUCAUGGAUGGGAUGAAGAAUGUGGUCUUGGACCAUCAGGAAAAGGAAUAAAGUAUCCUGUUAAAACCUGUUUAAAAACUGAUAGAAAAGGAAUAGGCCAACCGAAUGAGAAAGAAUACAGAGUAACACAUUUCAAACCUGGAGAUAUUGCAGCAAUUGGUAGUCCUAAAAUGCUUAAGCAAAAAGGCUUAAAAAAGAAAGAUAGGGAAAAAUUACUAAGUAGGGAAGUUAGAAAAGAAAAAGCGCUACGUAUUGCUUUAUCCUAAAGCAGUACCGAAACAUUUGAAACUUUGAAACUUUUUCUAAUAAGACUGAAUACAAUAUAACUUUACAUUCACUAUUUAA